ACAACAACACAACGAUCAUCGCCAUCUUAGUCAGCGCGGACAUUCGGUGCCUGACAUGCAAAAUUGAACGCCGGGGUCCGUCGGCGUCCGUUCUCUUCUUCCGCUCCGCGGAGUCGCGACCAUCGUCUCAGAGCCGCCGCAGAAGAACGGGACGACGCCGCACGAUGGAUUCCUAUCAGCGGGCAACCACGUCCUACAGAUCGUGUGACUCACCCCGAGCUCAGCCUCAAGGAGUGGACGUCAACUACCUUCGGCAGGUUUUCUACAAAGUCGACAAGGACCGCAGUGGCCGCAUAGACGCCAACGAGCUGCAGCAAUGCCUGUCCAACGGCACCUGGAAGCCAUUCAACCCCGACACGGUGCGCAUGAUGAUAAACAUAUUCGACCGCAGCCGUUCGGGCACGGUGAGCUUCGACGACUUCGUGUCUCUGUGGAAAUACAUCAACGACUGGCUCCGGUGCUUCCAAGACUUCGACAAGGACGGCUCGGGUUCCAUCGACAGGAACGAACUCCGCGACGCGCUAGCCAGCUUCGGCUACCGUCUGAGCGGGGAAGCGGUGGAUCUUCUCGCCCAGAAGUACGAUCGGGAAAAGAAGGGAUCCAUCAACUUCGACGACUACAUCCUCUGUUGCGUCACGCUGCAGAUCUUCACGAGCGCCUUCAAGAGUUACGACACCGAUCUGGACGGCUACAUCACGAUAAGCUACGAAAACUUCUUGAAGCUCGGACUCAGCGUUUUUGUGUUGUCGUGAGCACGGUUCCAUCUUGUUCGUCGAGACGUGCUAAAAAUUUGCGACUGACUUUGCGGCGAUGUGUGGGCGUGGUCUCUCCCGUAGACCUUCGAGGCCGAGCAAGAUUUCUUAGUGUAAGUUGUAUAAUAAGCACAUUUCCCUGCUGUCAUUUAGUAAUCUGCUGACCACCCAAAAGAGAACGUUUCAAAUGGUCCAAAAGUGAUACUUUCACGUGGACCGAAAUCUCGCAGACGUGAUCCUUACUUUCAAGUUAGUGGCUCCGGCCAAAAGCUGCUCAGUGCAAGCCCUCAAAAUUAAAGAAUUUGAGUAUUCUGAACUAAACCAGCGUCUAAAUAGUCGUGUAAAAUAGGUCUUCCUUUACAUUUUCUGUCAUGGACGAGUGCAAAUAUGUACUAGGCCGUUACACCUUGUUCACGUCUCCUUCGCUACUCUAUCUACCCUUUACAAAACAACACGCAUUUAACAAUUCAUUGUCUCAUUAUGCUGCUUUCCGUGUAUUUUUGAGUUAGCGUUUGCUAUUAUGUUAUUGAAUGAUGUGGUAGGAGAAAGCCUUUUGUGGUUCUUCCUUAUCUCAUUUUGCCAUAAUGAUAGGUGUCUAUUCCAUUUUAGUAGCGAACGACAUCAAACUUAAUUUAUCAUAACCAAAACGACGAAAACCGAGUGCUGAAGUCAGCCUUUGUUUUAUGUAUUGGCUUCAUCCUGGCAGUUACUCAAUCACCUGGUAGUUCGCCAUCGCGUUAAGAUCUGUAGAACAAAACAUACAAUUACUUGGAGACCCAUUCUACAUAUCAUUUUAAAGAAGCAUUAGGGUGCCUACAGGCCCACGCAAUUCUUCUUUUUUUUUUGCGUGUGAAGUUUUAGUACCAUGUUUAAUAUACCCCGCUCUAGGAUAACUACAUCUGGCCUGGGGUUAAGGAGACAUUAAACGUUAGUGACAUACCACUGGGUCUAGUGUAAACAGAUUUGAUGUUUUCAUUAAAAAAGUUCCCCAUUGACUCUGGA